AUGGAAUGCCGCCUCUGCCUGCACGCGGUGCUGGAGGACGCGAGUCCGGAGGACGCUGCGCUCGCGUUCCCUUGCGACUGCCGCGGCUCCCCGGUCCACUGGGGCUGCCUCCGGCGCUGGCAGCAGGCCCAGGUGCAGCGGGCCGCCGAGGCCGCCCGGUCGGCGGACGAGGCCCGCGCCCGCGCCGCGACGUGCGAGGUGUGCGGCGCCCGCCUUGCGGCGGCCGGCGGCCGGAAGCGGCCCCUGGCGGAGCGCGCGGUGUGCCGGGCCCACGGCGGCGAGGGGAAGGUGGCCCUCCGACGCGUGCCGACCCUGUCGCGCGCCAGUCGCAACUUCUCGGAGUUCUCCGCGGCGGACGGACAGGAGGUUGAGGUACUGGAGCAGGAUGACACGGGGGAGUUCUUCCGCGUCCGCGCGCGAAAGGCGCCGAGAUACCGCGAGCAGGGCUCCGCGGCGCUGGCAGAGGGGUGGAUACGACACAUCUGCCGGUGGUCCCUCGCGAGGUGCGCGGCGCGGCUUCGUCCUCCAUGCCAGCGCCGCGGAUGCCCGCGGCUUACGGGGGCGAGGCGGGGGACGUUGCGGGCGUGCCGGCGGGCUCCUCCGAGGAGGACUUGA